AAUCAAUAUCAAUUAAACAAUAAAAAAAUUUCAGAAGAUUUUAGCUAUAAGACAUUGAUAUAUCCGUGCAUUGGCACAAUUGAAAACUAAUGGGAUACGUAUUUUAAAAUAGAGGGAGUAAUAACAAUAAUAAUAUCAACUCAUCUAUAUAAACCCAGUAAAACCCAUCUUCUUUCAUCCUCUCAAACUUCCAACCCAGAAAAAAAAACCCCGGUUCAAAAAACCCUCCAAAAAUGUCAGCCCAGUUCAUCGAAAAAUACCGUGAAAACGCCGAAAUAUACACCGGUUCAGACAUCUGCAAGCAAAAAUCAAAAGAACUAUUACUCGAAAUCAACAUGCCUAAUGGUCUACUACCAAUGGAUGAUAUUGAAGAAGUUGGCUAUAAUCGAUCAACCGGGUUCGUAUGGUUGACCCAGAAAAAACCGAUUCAACACCGGUUCACAAAGAUUGGUAAGCAAGUAUCCUAUGAUACUCAUGUCACUGCUUUUGUUGAGAAUCGUAAGAUGAAGAAACUUCAUGGAGUUAAAGCUAAGGAGAUUUUGAUUUGGAUUACUCUUAAUGAGAUUUGUAUUGAUGAUCCUAGUUCUGGUAAAAUUACCUUUGGUACUCCUACCGGUAUUUCUCGUAUUUACCCGAUUUCGGCUUUCGAGGUUGAAGAGGAUGAGAAGAAAUGAGGUGUAUCGUGUAGCUCAUCUAGUGGCGAGAUGGGAUAUGAAUAUAUGAUACUAGUGGUAAAUCUAGUAAUUGUUUUUACUUUGGCGGAACUCGAUUUAUGUCAAUGUAUUAUUUUCGGCUUGUUUAACAUAUGAAAAUUCGGGGCAUUGCUUUCUAAUCAAUCAUUAGAUGAUUAGUAGAUGUGUUUGUCUACUAUUCCACGGAAAUAUAGGUGUAAGCUAUAUAAUGUAUGCAACUAUGUCUAUGAAAUGAUUGAAAUCUAUCUAUGAUUGAAUAAAUUGAAUUAUGUAACAUUAUUAUUAAAUA